CCCAGGGUUUAGCGAACAUGUUGUAAGAUUAAUUUGAGAACCACAAGAUGUAUCAUAGGCAAUUAGGGAGCAUGCUUGUAUUCUCUGUCCAGUAGUUGAUGCAGUUGCGAGGGAUAUCUAUUUGACUAUGUUUCACGGUUGGCAUGCUCAUCACAACGGAGGCUUUGAUAUACUAACUAGGCUAACUGAUGGACAACAGGUGUUGCUAAAUUGUAAUUUGCUGUAGUGGGGCCUCGGAGAACAUCAUUUCGAAAUAUGCCACGUCUUUAUAAUAUUUGACUGAAUGCCUGAGUGAUGGCGUUCCUGCUUAGGGCUCUAGUGCUACCUGUCUUCCUGUCCUCGGUGCCCUGGGUGGCAGGGUCAACGUUCACCCUGCUGCUGUCCUUGCCCAACACCUCCAUGCCCUUCAGUGUUGGCAGGAUCGGGGCGGGCGCCCUCAUCGCCAUCGACGCCGUGAACCGGAGUCCCGAUCUGUUGGCAGGUCAUUGGCUGGAGCAUGAAUACGUGGAUGAUGAGUGCAGCGACGUGAACGGCCCGGGGAAGAUAGUGGAGCUACUGUACAGACGGAACUACAGCGCUUUCAUCGGCCCCGCCUGCUCCGACGUGUGUGCGAUCACUGCCAAGCUGGCAGCUUUCUGGAACAUUCCCGUGGUCAGUCCCACCUGCGCAGACCAGCAGUUUCUCAUCAAAAAGGCUUACCCCACUCUUACCAGAGUGUUUGGCCCCUUCACCAAGAUGGGCUCGUUCUUUGUGAAGAUCUGUGAGAAGUUUGGCUGGAGACGUAUAAGCAUUAUCUACGACCACAGACCUGCCUGGAUCAUCCCUGCUGAGGGAAUCAGGUACCAAGCUGAAGUCAGUAACAUCACUGUGGCUAAAUACCUGGCAUUUCAAACACCUCUCGGGCAAGACAACACUCACACAGCCCUCACACAAGCACGCAUGCUACAGGAGGUUGCCGAGGUGUCUCGCAUCAUAGUGAUCUCAGCGCGUGGGGAGGUGGUCAGGGACUUCCUGGUCGAGGCCCACAGGAGAGGCCUCACCACAGGGGACUACGUCUUCUUCUGCUUCGAGCCCUACAGGCUGGAGGAGAUGUUUGGCAACUUUGACUGGAAAAGAGGAGAUGUGGAUGACUCCGUGGCUAAGCAGGCCUACCAGGCUCUGUUUCUACUGUCUCUGUACAAACCCAACGACCAGAGGUACUGGAACUUCUCCAAUGACGUCAUCCGCAGAUCCAGAGAGGACUUUGGCUAUGCCUACGCACCCAAUGAAAAGGUGUCGGUGCUGGCAGCCAUAGCCCAUGACUCUGUAUGGCUGUAUGCUCAGGCUCUGAAUGAAACCCUGGCGGAACGCGGGGACCCAUACGACGGCUUCACCAUAACCCACAAGAUGUGGAACCGAACCAUCACAGGUAUCCAGGGUGACGUUACCAUGGACGCCAAUGGAGACAGGGAGUCUGCCUAUAUGAUGAAGCACAUCCAGGGCGCAGAGAACGACGGGGAGUUCAAAGUAAUCGCCAAUUACUUUGGUACGAAUAAGGCUUAUGAGCCAGUGGAGGGGGUCCAAGUCUACUGGCCAGGAGGGAGGAAGACUCCACCGAAGGACACACCCCACUUUGGCUUCAAAGAUGAGCUCUUCAUCAAUAUCGAGAAGAGGUUUGCGAUAGCUGUGGGGACCAUUGCUGUUUUCCUGGCCACCGGGACACUUAUCAUAUGUCUUCUCUACAGGGAACACAUCAUCCGGAAGAAGGUGUCUGUGGUCCUAUGGAGGGUUAGCCCCGGUGAUGUCACCAUGAUGGGGAACAGCUCGUCCUCGGCAGGAAAGGUACCGUACCUCAACUCCAAGUCCAUCGAUGCUUCUCUGGAGUCCAUCCUGGGAAAUAUGAAGGACAAACCAUCCUCCCACAGAACGGCCGUCUAUAAAGAGAACAUCUGUUCAGUGCGACUGCUGAAUGUGAAGAGUGUGUGUCUGAACAGAGAGCUGCUCACUGAACUGAAGCAGUGUAGAGAUUUGAGCCACCCAAACAUCUGCAGCGUCAUUGGUGCUUGUCUGGAACCUCCACAGUUCUUUCUGCUGACUGAGUACUGUCCUAAAGGGAGCCUGCAGGACAUUUUGAAGAAUGCUUCCAUUAAGCUUCACUGGAGCUUCAAGUUCUCCCUGAUGCUGGACAUUGUCAAGGGGAUGGACUACCUGCACCGCAGCCCCCUGCGCUCCCAUGGUCACCUGUCGUCAUCUAACUGUGUGGUGGAUAGUCGCUUCGUCCUAAAGGUGACCGACCAUGGCCUCAGUCUCCUCAGAAGACCCCCCGGCCAGGACGAGGAGGGCUGGUCUAAAAAACACUGGACAUCCUUGCUGUGGAGGGCCCCGGAACUGCUGAGGGACAGCAUGCCCUCCUCUGGCACCCAGAAGGGGGAUGUCUACAGUUUUGGCAUUAUUGUUCAGGAGGUGGUGUACCGCAGGGGCCCUUUCCAUAUCCCCAACAACAACCUCGAGGCAAGAGACAUAGUGGAGAGGGUCAAGGCCGGGGUGUGUGUGGGGGGCGGAGGUAGCCCCCUCAGGCCCCACACGGACAGGGCAGAGUGUCCAGAGGGUGUGGAGGCUCUGAUGGGGGCGUGCUGGAGUGAGAGGCCCAGUGACCGACCAGACUUCUCCUCCCUCAGAGUGACCGUAAAGAGACUCUGCCCCAGCUGCGUGGGCGAGAACAUUCUGGAUGACCUGCUGUCCCGCAUGGAGCAGUAUGCCACCAACCUGGAGGAGGUGGUCAGCGAGCGCACCGCCCAGCUCCUGGAGGAGAAGAGGAGGGCCGAGGGCCUCCUCACCCAGAUGUUGCCACGAUCGGUGGCUGUCCAGCUGAUUGCUGGGAAGACGGUGCGGGCGGAAACCUACGACUCUGUCACCAUCUAUUUCAGUGACAUCGAAGGAUUCACCGCCAUGUCGGCCAGUCUCACGCCAAUGCAGGUGGUGAACGUGCUGAAUGACCUGUACACGUACUUUGACAAUAUCAUCGACCACCACGAUGUUUACAAGGUGGAGACCAUUGGCGACGCGUACAUGGUGGUAUCUGGCCUGCCCAUUAGAAACGGGGACGACCAUGCGAAGGAGAUCGCCCGCAUGUCUCUGGCAGUGGUGCGGGGCAUGAGACAGUACAACAGUCCACACGUGCCCCAGCAGCAGCUCAAAGUCCGCAUUGGACUCCAUUCAGGUCCAUGUGUGGCUGGUGUAGUGGGACUGAAGAUGCCCCGGUUCUGUUUGUUCGGAGACACAGUUAACACUGCCUCGCGGAUGGAGUCGCACGGCUCACCAUUGAAGAUCCAUGUGAGCAGCUCCACUAAAGCUCUUCUGGACACAUUUAGGACGUUCCGCUGUGAGCUGAGAGGAGACAUCCACAUGAAGGGGAAGGGGCUUGUGAGGACAUUCUGGCUUUUGGGAGAAGACCAAUGAAAAUGUUAUGUUUUCAGUAAUUUGAUUUGGUCCGUCUCUCAGGAGUAAAGAUCAAAUCUUUAAAAAAAAAAAAAAAUCUGAUAUACAGUUGAUGUCGGAAGUUUACGUACACUUAGGUUGGAGUCAUUAAAACUCGUUAUUCAACCACUCCACAAAUGUCUUGUUAACAAACUGUAGUUUUGGCAAGUCGGUUAGGACAUCUACUUUGUGCAUGACACAAGUCAUUUUUCCAACAAAUGUUCACAAACAGAUUAUUUCACUUAUAAUUCACUGUAUCACAAUUCCAGUGGGCCAGAAGUUUACAUACACUAAGUUGACUGUGCCUUUAAACAGCUUGUAAAAUUCCAGAAAAUUAUGUCAUGGCUUUAGAAGCUUCUGAUUGGCCAAUUUGAGUCAAUUGGAGAUGUACCUGUGGAUGUAUUUCAAGGCCUACCUUCAAACUCAGUGCCUCUGCUUGACAUCAUGGGAAAAUCAAAGAAAUCAGCCAAGACCUCAGAAAAAAAUUGUAGACCUCCACAAGUCUGGUUCAUCCUUGGGAGCAAUUUCCAAACGCCUGAAGGUACCACAUUCAUCUGUACAAACAAUAGUACGCAAGUAUAAACACCAUGGGACCAAGCAGCCGUCAUACCGUUCUGCCUCCUAGAUAUGAACGUACUUUGGUGCGAAAAGUGCAAGUCAAUCCCAGAACAACAGAAAAGGACCUUGUGAAGAUGCUGGAGGUAACAGGUACAAAAGUAUCUAUUUCCUCAGUAAUACAAGUCCUAUAUCAACAUAACCUGAAAGGCCGCUCAGCAACGAAGAAGCCACUGCUCCAAAACCUCCAUAAAAAAGCCAGACUACGGUUUGCAACUGCACAUGGGGACAAAGAUUGCACUUUUUGGAGAAAUGUCCUCUGGUCUGAUGAAACAAAAUUAGAACUGUUUGGCCAUAAUGAGCAUCAUCAUGUUUGGAGAAAAAAGAGGGAGGCUUGCAAGCCGAAGAACACCAUCCCAACCGUGAAUCACGGGGGUGGCAGCAUCAUGUUUUGGGGGUGCUUUGCUGCAGGAGGGACUGGUGCACUUCACAAAAUAAAUGGCACAAUGACGAAGGAAAAUUAUGUGGAUAUAUUGAAGCAACAUCUCCAGACAUCAGUCAGGAAGUUAAUGCUUGGUCGCAAAUGGGUCUUCCAAAUGGACAAUGACCCCAAGCAUACUUCCAAAGUUGUAGCAAAAUGGCUUAAGGACAACAAAGUCAAGGUAUUGGAUUGGCCAUCACAAAGCCCUGACCUCAAUCCUAUAGAAAAUAUGUGGGUAGAACUGAAAAAGCGUGUGUGAGCAAGGAGGCCUACAAACCUGACUCAGUUACACCAGCUCUGUCAGGAGGAAUGGGCCAAAAUUCACCCAACUUAUUGUAGGAAUCUUGUGGAAGGCUACCUGAAACGUUUUUGACCCAAGUUAAACAAUUUAAAGGGAAUGCUACCAAAUACCAAUUGAGUGUAUGCAAACUUCUGACCCACUGGGAAUGUGAUGAAAGAAAUAAAAGCUGAAAUAAAUCAUUCUCUCUACUAUUAUUCUGACAUUUCACAUUCUUAAAAUACAAUGGUGAACCUAAACAGGGAAUUUUUAACUAAAUGUCAGGAAUUGUGAAAAACUGAGUUUAAAUGUAUUUGGCUAAGGUGUAUGUAAACUUCCGACUUCAACUGUGUUUGUAUGUACUGCAGCUUAUUUCCAUACAUUUUUUUUGUGGUUGCAAUCUGUAGUUUGAGUGCAAUGUCAAGGAUCACUGAGCAAAUGCUUAUUCUUUGAAAAACAGACGUAAUAUCAACGCUAUCACCAUUCCGACUCUUGGAUGUUGUGUAAUGUACAGCAUUUUCUCUACCUUUUAUGUUUUUUUGUAUGGCUUCUUAUUUAUUGCUUUACCUUUAAAGAGCCAGCUCUAUUCACUAGA